GAUACGAGCAGUGCAGACGAGCUGUUAAGUGCUUUCGCAUUGCUGGAAUACUUGAGGAUUUGGAUAGAAUUCAUAUUCGCUGUGCAUCUGCUUUUACUCGGCCAUAACACGUACUUCGUAAUAGUGAAGUGCUAAAAUGAAAAGUGAGGCAACGGAACUGAACCGCAGAGAACCAGAGAAGUUCGGUUGUAUUUAUAAACUGACACACAACAUGCGAUUGGACUCAUUGGCGUGCUGCAAUCCACAACAACGCAGAUUUCUAGGAGAUGAUAUGAGCCAUUUAUCUUCAGAACAGAAAGAUGUAGAAGUCCCAGGAAGCCUCCAGUUAUCUUCGGAGGAACGAGAUCGAAAAGGGAUGUGCGGGCCAAUCCCAUGGUCCAUCCUUCCUAUUCUUCUCAGCAUAACUUCUUGCAUUGGUUUUACUUCAACAUACUUCUUCGCAAAAAACAACUGCCACACUGAGAGAUGGAUAUUCCCGUACCUCAGUUACACGGGCACAGAACAUCCGGAAUCCAUGAUAUUUGGGCUCAUACUUAACAUUGAAGGUUUCUUUGGCAUGACCAUCGUGUUUCUUGCUUGGAGGUAUUUCCGCCACAUGGGGCAGCGUGGAGCAUUAAACCGAAUCACAGUGCUGUUCGGAAUGCUUAGUUGUUUCGGAGUUAUCUUGGUUGGGAACUUUCAGGUUUCCAAAGCCAAGGUACCUCACUACACUGGUGCUGGUUUAGCAUUCAUUGUUGGCACGCUGUAUGGGGUCACGUCCUGCAUAUUAUGUCGUCGGGCUCUGCGUGCUGCAGAUCCACCCAUGCGAUUCGCCGGCUGCAUAAUAGCUGCAAGACUGGCUACAGCUGUUGUUAUGGUCUCUGCAGUGAUAUGCUUAACUUGCAUUGGAAUAUAUAAGAAGAUGGCAAAUGGAGUGGGAACCUCUGAAUACAUUAGAAACAUGUCCCUUAUAAUGCCCAAUGGUUCGUGCCAAGAACUUCUCCAGCUCAUUCCUACGCAUGUGAAAGUGAUUGAUUUGUUCGGCUCGUUGACAGAGUGGCUUCUUACUCUCUGCGUCCUUGUAUGUUUGAGUCUCUUCGCAUACGAGUUUAAAGCGUUUAAAUCUGUUAAAGUCACUCUACUGACACCCAAUGGUCCAAUGCACACCAACAAUAAUUGCUGCCAAAAGAAGACGACGCAUCAAACUAUCACCCCACCAAUUCACAGCCCCGAUGAUGGAACGCAGAUGCUACUGCCCCCUUGUGGAGUUCCUGAACGAAGAAUUUGCGAAACGAGUAACAGUCGAGUGGAUGUAUGCGACAAUGUAAAUAGCAACUCAAGUAUUAGUUUCCAAAUGAUAACUUUGUCACGUUCUUUACCAAAUCUUCCAAAUGCCUCGUAACACAGUAGCGUUUUUAUUUGCUCAAGUGUUCCUCCUGCAUUCGUUUAGAUUUUGAUUUCUUCUAUAUAUUGCAUAUUAGUGGUUCCCAAACUUAAAAUACUCUACUAUAAUAUUUAAAGUACUUGGCACUCAGGAGCUACAGUUUUGAGUAGGGAAUUUUUCUCCUCUAUUUUGCUUGAAUUUUAAUAAAGGUUAUACAAAAUGGGUCCCAACUAAAAGUACCUAAUAUACAACAUUGGGAAUACUUGCCAUAGUUUGGGAACCAUUGUUGUUUUAAUGUCUACUUGUAAGCCCAACGCUGACCACUUUCAAGUGCCUCAUGCACAAUUAUUUGCAAACUGUCACAAAUGUCUUUUAGCAAGAAACAAGUGUCUUAUAUUAUGUCCCAUAUUACACUAUGCAAUUUCGAGCUAUGUGUACACAGAUAUCUUCCUUGUUUUCCACUUAUAAAUGCUGUAUUGCAACUUAAAUGCAGGAGGGGUACCUGUAUUUGUUCCCUUUUGUUUUCAAAUUUUUUAUACUCGCCAAAUUUUUGUACAAUGCACUAUUCGCCCGAUAUGCGAUGAAAUAUUUCACUCAUUGUUAGUAUUACCUUGUCAUAAUGGAUGACAUACCAAAUAUGUAUUGUUCUAUUUUCUUCAACCUAUUUCUGUGUCGUAUAAAUUCGAAAUAAAA